CGCUUGACCUCCUCUCAAUCACCCGCGGGGUUGCCCUUCCUUCUUGCAGCGUUACGAGCAGCAGUUCCUCGGCCUUUCCCCCCUCGUCUCGUCUCGUCUCGCCUCGCCUCCGCUUCUGAAUUUCAACGAGUGGCCUUGCGCUCUGUCAAUCGCGUCACCGUUCCGAUUCGUCCCACUCACUCCCUUUGUUGUUCACCCUUAGUGAAUCCUGGUCCACCAUCGCUUGUUUGGUGAACAAAAGACGCUUCUCGUGGUGGACUUGAUCUUCAAUUUCCCUGGUCAACCCCCCAAGGUUCUUGUGAUCGCCGGAACUCUUAGCGGAAUCCGUCUGCGGCCGUGGCACGAUCGGGCCUCCGGGUGGGGUAAGGCUAUUGCGCACUUAUCUUACCUGAAAACCCAGUCCGACCAUCUGGUUCAGUGUUCGACAGUUUUGGCUCAGUCUACUUUGAGCUCGCUGCUAUGCCUCUUGACGAAGAAGGCGCCAAAUGGUCGUGCGAACCAUGCAUCCGUGGCCAUCGGUCCUCAAAAUGCCAGCAUUUCGACAGGAUGAUGAUGAAGGUCCCGAAGGCUGGAAGGCCGCUAGCUAAAUGCCCCCAUCCAAAAGGGACAUGCAGCUGCCAGAAACUGUAUGCGUUCAUGAUUCGCAUCCCUAAAGGUUCCACUUGCUUGUGUAGACCAGUAUAUCAGGUGCCCGCCAAUGCCGCGGAAUCCGUCUCGACUACACCAAUACCCGCUGCUCCGAUGCCGUCGGCUGCUCCCAAUAAAAUCCAGAAACAGGUCAAACGACAGAUCAAGACAGCCCCAGAGAAUCUCACCAAAGCCUUAAGCUCUAUACCGGAGUUUGGGAAACAGCAUCUCGAGAAUGGAAUGCCAAAUCGACCACCUCCUUAUGUGGCCCAGAAGGAGCGUUUGAGUGACUCCUAUAAUACUGUUAACCGAGAUUUGAACUCCUCGCACGAGACCUUCGACCAAGCCAGCAAGGGCAAGAUAUCGCAGGGUAGCAGCUGCUGCUCUCGUAAACCUAAACCACCCACACCGACUCCAGCCCCUCAUAUCCAACGUUCUUGUUGUGGAAAGCCCAAAUCACCGGCAGGAAAUAUUGAAAAUGUUGGGAACGGAGGCCCAGUAUUCAGCAGCCCUGAUCACUUCAACCCGUCGGACUUUGAGAAUGGCGAUGCAAAAUAUAUGAAUUCUAUUCCUCAGGUAUCGACAUGGCAAGAUUUCCAGGCAGCGAAGCAAAGCCAGUACAUGCAGCCUUUCUCAUUAUUUGUGUCUGAUACCGGAUUUUUUUCUGUGGCCGACACUGUCACGCAUAUCCCUCAUACACCAAUGGCCUUUUCGCAUCAACAGUCCUACGAAAAUUACAGGCUCUUUCAAGAUUCAACUACGCAGCCACUCUCAGAAUAUGCGCAGAAUGCCGUUCCGGGCCCAGCAAGUACUGAAAAUGAAGCCGAAGCCGCCCAUGACUGCAGCUGUGGUGACGGCUGUCAAUGCCUGGGCUGCGCAUCUCACCCAUUCAACAAUACCACUCGACAGCAUGUCCAAGAGAUGGGCCUCCUAGUGUCUUUGAAUGACGAUGAGCAGAAUCUCGAAAGGCUAAACACCCGGAGGGGCUCCCCUCUGCAGGGCCAGCUAUCAGACUUCAGCUCCUUACAGUACCCAUACUCGAACUUUGGACAUCUAAUUGGUGAUGGUGCUCAGCCGAUUGCAAUGCAUUCUUAUGCCCAGCAGAGCACAAACUCAGGCCACGUAAAUAGCGGCUAUUCAUCUCCGCCACCGGAAUAUCUUGGGCAGCAACUGAUGGAGCCAUCAGAAUAUUAUACUCUCGAAUAUCCGGUGGGACUUCCCAGCGCUUGCGCGGACACAACUGGGAGUUGCCAGUGUGGGAAUGACUGUACCUGUGUUGGUUGUCUCACCCACAGCGGGCACAAUGGAGUUGCCCUUGAGCCCACCAUGGCGGCGAACAACUGGGGCCACAUGGACGUGCCGACUUUCUCUACUGAAUCUGCAGACACCAACACGUCUCAGAUGCCUGUGUUCGAGAACUUCAUGGUUCAUCCGAACUCCAUGCUCUGAAACCAUGCCCCUUUUUUGAUGCUUCCCGCGAGCCCUCUUUUUUCUUCUGUCUUCACUAGCACCGAGUUCACACUCGGAUGACUGACGACUAUUUAUGAUACCCCUCUCACAUAGAUGCUGGAUGAUAGAGUACAUAAAACCUUCUGG